UUUUCCCGAAUUCAAAAGUGACUUGCACUGCCAGUCCUGGCAGGCAGUACAGCAACCUUUAUCAGACGCAACCUUUUCCGAGCGGCUCCAGCGGGGGGCCGAGCAGCAGGUCCUAACAUUCCGCACUGCGACGGCUACGAAAGGGUUUCAGAGGCGGUGCGAUAAGGCAUGCCGUCAUGGUGGGUACCCCACCCAUCCCUGAAGAAGAGAGCCCAAACGUCUCCCCAGGAUGAACGGAAACAGCGGCUUGGUCGCCUGUGCCCUCAUGUUCUUUGUUUUCCAGGUUGGGAUCUGGGAGGGUGCUGCGCGGGAUGGCGGGCAUAGCCUGGAGCAUCCGAAGCAUGGUGGGGAACCCGUCAAAGCCGCGCCGCACAUGGGCCGGCCAGCGGCGGCUUAUCGCGGCUCACUGCGGCCAUCACACUCGGCCGGCGCCUUUCCGCUUGCGAUUGGCAUCUCACCUCAACGCUGUACCGCCGGCUCUACGCUUUACCGCUGCCAACCUCUCCUUCUACUUCGGGACGCUACUGCCAGGAAUCGAAGCCAUUCCAGGAUGGCGCCCGUCCCGUCACGUAUUACCAUGCGCAGGGACUGUGAACGGAGACAGGAUACAGAGACCACCCCCGCCCGGGAGGGAAGGUCAGCCAGUGGCAAGCGUUAGAUGCGGCGACGGGGAGCCACCAAUCUGCGGGCGUGGAAUGCAGGAUUACUGAAGUCCUUGUCCUCCAAAGGCGGAAGUCCGUCGUUGAAUAAGGUUCAUAUCUGAUAAUACAGUGUCAGUGUCUUGGUACAUGUAGAAUGGACGGUACGACGUACAUAAC